AUGUCCCACGAACCAGAAAGAAGACUAUCGACAGGCGGCCUACCACCAAUCAAAAUCCGUGAACAAUAUCUCGUCGAGGAAGUCUCAAGCCACGGCAAUACUCCCUGCUAUACCGCCUGGGUGCGCGAAGAGAUUGUGCGAGUUCCCCAGGGAUGGUCAGCCUCGGACUUUACCAUCGCAACCCAACGUCCCCAAUGGUCUCUCCAGAUCUACGACACGACGCCCCAAGCUGCCGAUCAGGACCACCUCAAGACCCUGGCCGAGACGCUCCACAGAGAGACGCGCGAAGAGCGUGGAGCAGGUGGCCGCGACGAGCCUGAUCGAAUCGACGUCUGGGGCAUGCCGUUUGCCGCCGACGCGUCCGAGGAGGACAGAAUCGCAAAGUGCAAGGCCCACAUCUCCGCCGAGAUGGCUGCGAGACACACUUCUGUAGACGACGACUUUUACGUCUCAGAGUUCCAUAGCCAUGACCAAUGGAAACGAGCCAUUCUCAUCAUCGACCAGCCCCAAGAAUCUUGGAACGAGGGUGAAGGUGGUUUCCUCGCUGUGUAUUGGGAUCCUCACCCCGGCUAUCUGGACAUGCUCGCGCAAGCGUAUGAUGAGGAGUACCAGGAACCAGACACGAGCGCGGUCCGCUACACGCGUGACGGGUUGGGCCAGCUGUUGGCGAGCUGGAGGAGCUUCUUCUAG